UUAAUCUGUGUGGACUUUGAGCUCAUCACAGCAGGGAGGAGGGAGGGUUACAGAAGGAACAAACAGCAGCCUCCCUGGCAGGAGGAGGCUGUCUGGCCCUCACUCCCCACCCUUCCUUCCUGGGCAGGUCAGGCAUCCAGUACAUACCAGGGCACUCUCAGGUAGUGGGAAUCCACAGGUAGCUCUGGCCCUUGUGUGGUCUCUCCCUUCAUGCCUUUCUGUCCAUCCACAUUUUGGAUCUUCAGACUGACAAGUUCUGUUCCAGGACUUCAAAUAACCUGCUUCAUCUCUACCUGUGACCUUGCUGCAGCAAAGGAGGAAGAUGAAGGCUCGUGCUCCCCCACCUCCUGGAAAGCCUGUUCCUCUGAAUGUUCAUGGGGAUCAAAGACCUCCCUGUGAUGCAGCCCUCAGCUCACAGCAGAAUCUGAUCCACAUGAAGGAGGCACUGCGAAACAGUACUCUGGCCAUCACUGUAGUUCUUCCCAGUGGGCUGCAGAAGCAGAGUGUGGUCAAUGGAAGCCAUGCAAUGAUGGACCUAUUGGUUGAACUUUGCCUUCAGAAUCACCUGAAUCCUUCCCACCAUGCCCUUGAGAUCCGGUCUUCAGAAACCCAACAGCCUUUGAGUUUUAAGCCAAAUACUUUGGUUGGAACCUUGAAUGUGCACACUGUGUUUCUGAAAGAAAAAGUUCCUGAAGAAAAGGUGAAGCCUGGCCCACCUAAGGUGCCUGAGAAAUCUGUGCGUUUGGUAGUGAAUUACCUUCGAACACAAAAAGCUGUUGUGAGGGUGAGCCCAGAUGUGCCACUCCAGAAUAUUCUGCCAGUCAUUUGUGCAAAGUGUGAGGUCAGCCCAGAUCACGUGAUUCUGCUGAGGGACAAUGUUGCUGGAGAGGAACUGGAGCUAUCCAAGUCCCUGAAUGAGUUGGGGAUAAAGGAACUUUAUGCCUGGGACAACAGAAGAGUUCUUCUGACCAAAACUCAGUCCGAGCCUUCCCUGAGUUUCAGAGAAACAUUUAGAAAAUCAUCACUUGGCAAUGAUGAGACAGAUAAAGAGAAGAAAAAAUUUCUGGGAUUUUUCAAAGUUAAUAAAAGAAGCAGUAGCAAGGCUGAGCAGCUUGGGCAGUCAGGCCCUGACAGCGAUGAGGACACCUCGAAGUUGGCUUCAGGAAGGGGCAUGAAUGGCUGCUUAACAACACCCAACUCCCCAUCAGUGCAUUCACGUUCCCUCACGCUGGGUCCAUCCCUCUCCCUGAGCAACAUCUCUGGGGUGUCUGUGAAGUCGGAGAUGAAGAAGCGCAGAGCCCCUCCUCCUCCAAGGGCAGGGCCACUGGUUCAAGACAAGACAUCUGAAAAGAUGUCUCUGGGCUCACAGGUUGAUUUGCAGAAGAAGAAGCGGCGGGCACCAGCUCCACCUCCACUUCCACCUCCACCACAGCCACCAUCACCAAGUCCCCUGCCACAGCCACCUCCACCAAGUCCCCUGGUCCCCAACCGCAGGGAGGACAAGGAGGAGAACAGGAAGAGCACAGUGGGUGUUGGACGGCAGGUACCACAAAAGCCUCCCAGAGGUACUGCUCGAGGCCCACCUCAGCUAGUGCUUCCCCCGCCCCCGCCAUAUCCUCCUCCUGAUACAGAUGUAGUGGAGCCUCUCAGCUUGCCCGGGGAAGGUGCUGGUUCCGAGGCCUCAGAACUGAGACCCAAACUGAGCCUUCCCCUGGGUCCCAGCAGUCACUGCAGUGGGGAUGGAGUCCCACUGGUGCCAUCAGAAGCUGAGGAGACUGUGUCCGUUGGCAGCUGUUUUGCAUCAGAGGACACGACCGAGGACUCGGGGGUGGUCAGCUCCCCCUCGGAUAUCAUCUCUCUGGAUUCACAACACGACAGCUUGAAGUCCAAGGAUAAAUGGGCCACAGACCAAGAAGACUGCAGUGACCAGGACCUCACGGGAACCCCAGAACUGGGCCCCCAAAAGAGCUCCUUCUGGGAGAGAAAUGGCUGUGGGAACUCACAUCUGAGAUCUGAGAAAGCUAUAAUAGUCUUAAAUAAUGAUGAAGAACUAUUCAUUACUGGACAAUUCCAUAAGACCUUGGCAGAACUUGAUGAAGACCUAGAAGAAAUGGAAGAGAGUUAUGAAACAGACACUAGCUCACUAACCAGCUCCACAAAUGGUGUGUCCCACCACAGUAUGCAGGAUGCCAUCAUCCCCAACAGUGACGCAGAUUCCAUCCCAGUGACGUUCAUCGGGGAAGUUUCAGAUGAUCCUAUAGAUUCAGGACUGUUUUCCAAUAGAAACAACAAUGCUGGUUCUUUUGACGUGGGGAGCGUUGCCUGCAGAAGAGACCCCCAGGCCUCAUUUCAGGCUGGGCACAGCCAGCCUCAUGAAAGGAUGAGGGAAGAAGCUCCUGACCCCUACACUCCUUCCUAUGACCUCAGAAAGGAAACCCAAUCCAGUACCUCUCAAGAUGGGAAUUUCGUUGAAAUAGGGCCCAAGGUGACUUCUUUCAUUUCAAAACUUCAAAUAGAUGGCCUAAAUGCAAAGGAGAAAGGGAAAGUGCCUGUUCUGGCUUUUAGUGAGACAACACAUCCUGCCCAGAGGGUGAAUUUACAGCCAAAAAGUGAAAAGGAAAGCAACGGAAAAACCACUGUCUCAGUACCACCAUCAUGGUAUCAGCAAGGCCAAACCCCCAGGGGAAGUUACGGACUGAAGUGCGGCCUCACUACCUACAAAAUUGUUCCUCCCAAGUCAGAGAUGAGAUGCUAUGACAGAAAUGUGUCCCUCUCCACGGGCGCCAUUAAGAUUGAUGAGCUGGGGAACCUAGUGAGCCCCCAUGUGAACAGCAGCAGGACCAUACCCAUCUCAUCAUCUGUUAUUGAAACAGAAGCUCAACCCAUUGGGAAAGUCAAGGAGUUCUGGAGGUGCAGCUCAUUGGAGAAGCAGCUGAACCAGCCCACAGAUUGUUCAGCCAGGAGGAACCCCUCCGCCACCACCACCACCAUACCAGCCAAGCCACAGCCCAAUAACAGACUCCAGGUGGCCCCAACAUUGACUGCACCCCAGCAGCAGGCUGGCCCCCAAGAAUGCAGGACACACCUGGAAGAGGGGAGUAGCCGACCACCUUCCUCAGUCACUUGUCACAUGAAAGUGCCAGCAGCUAACACCACAGAAGUCACAUUCCUCAAACCUCAGAGAAGAACAUCCAGCCAGUAUGUGGCCUCUGCGAUUGCCAAGCGGAUCGGACCUCCCAAAGUCCAUACUGAUGUGGUGAGGCAGCACAAUAAUGUGGAAAAGUGUCAUGUGGGUAGAGUACCAAAGCUACCAGGAGAGCCUGUCACUUUGAAGCAUGAUACAGCCCCCAACCUGUACUCAGAGGCACGAGGACAUACACAUGAGGCAAAGCAGCCUGGCGUCAGCCUUCCCAGCAAUGCUGGGGGAGAGUCAGCCGCGGGAGCCCAGCCUAGAGGGGAGGUCAGCAGCACAUGUGGGAAGUUGUCUACUCAAGACUGUCCUGCCACUGUCCACAGAAGCUCUUAUUUCCCACUAGUCAGAUCUUCCCAGAAGGAUCAUGUUUCUGUGGGACAGAGCUGUGGUUUCAAUGAAAAGCAAGGCGCGAGUAACCAAAAGACCAGCUCAGCAUCUGACCCUGGGCUCACACUGGACAGGGCACACCCGCCCCCUCCAUGCCUGGCAGAUGCUCAGAGCUCCAGCAGGGCACUGGUGAAUGGCUAUACAGGGGCCCCAGACAAAAGCAAGCCUCCUGACUCUCCCAAAGUGCCCAGCACUAGUAGCCACAUUGUCCUAGAAAUGGAACAAAAACCCAAUUCAUUAUCUACAGAUGUGCAUGAAACAGAUGGUACAUUGCCACCCAGCAUUUUUGGGCCAAAGAAAAAAUUUAAACCUGUUGUCCAGAGGCCAGUUCCAAAAGAUACAUCCUUGCACAGCGCCCUGAUGGAAGCCAUCCACUCUGCAGGAGGGAAGGAAAAACUCCGCAAGACUGCAGAACACACUUUGGAGGGAGGGCCAAAGAAACCAUCCUACACAGAGGCAGAGAGCGAGCGAUCAGCCCUGCUUGCCGCCAUCCGCGGGCACAGCGGUGCCCACAGCCUGAGGAAGGUGUCCUCCUCUGCUUCUGAAGAGCUCCAGAGCUUUCGAGAUGCUGCGCUCAAUUCACUGGGUGUGGAAAAUCCUCAGCAAGAAGAUCAUGGCCUUCCACCCCCACCGGCCCUGCCGCCACCUCCUCCACCGAACUCCCAGGCUCUCUCUGCAUCAAGGACAUCUUCCAGGUUCAGCUCAGGAACCCUCAGCAACCCAGUGGAUGCCAGGCAAGCCUUGAUGGAUGCCAUCCGCUCUGGCACAGGGGCUGCAAGAUUGAGAAAGGAAAGAGAAGUCUCCUGGGAGGGACCUCACCAUCACCUUCAGAAACUAGAGAAAGAAGAGCAAAACUAAAAUCCAAGGUGCCCUUGCUCGUGUGAAUCACUGGUAAAAGUCAGAAUUGCAGAAACUCACCUAUAAGACACCCCCAAUCAUCACUCAAGGACUCCACGUGACAAGGAACCUCAAGAUUUGGUGUUAUUUUCUUGUCUACAGGCCAAAAUGCGUGCAGUUGAUUUUCAGUGUUCCUGCAUAAUGGUUCAAAGGAGGAGAAAAUGCUGCUUUGCUAUGCGGCUUGUGUGCCAAGGAAAUGUGUUUUGCCUCUGAAUACUUAAAGUUGCCAAUAAACUAUUCUUGUUGGCAGGUUAAUGGGAAUAUAAAUGCUGGAGCCCAGCACUCACGCUUAAUUAUAUUUAUGAGCACAGUGAAAAGAAUCAUGGCUUAGAUUGAUUUUGGACCUUGGAGACUUUGACCACAUAUAGACAGUUAAAAAUUAUUGAAUUGUUUAAAAUCUUUUGAAUUUUAGGGGGAAAAAUCCGUAAAUCAAGAGAAACAAUCUGAAUGUUAUAUGCCACAUGAUGCUAUGCAUUUAGGGAGUAAAAAGAGAAUUGGGAGGCUUUUCCAAAGACAAUUCAUGUUGGGUAAUAAAACGAUUCAAUUUUUAUUCCUCAAGUUUUUGAGGCUAAUACUUCAUAGAAGGUCUUGGGCUGUGAUUGGAGCAACUAAGAUUUUAAAAAAUCGACAACUUCCACUAAACUAACAAUCUUACUUGUGUGGAGAGGGCAUUUCUGGGCCCUCAAAGUAGUAGAUAGAAGGUAUCAGGAUGGUGUUGGAGGGAUGGUCAGUGCCCCAUGUGGACAGACGUUCCCUGGCAGGCUAUGAAGUACAGCAGGCUGCUCCACAGGGACCUGAGUAUGGAGCCUGGUGAAGUGGCUGGGAACCUUCUGAAAUCCUGCAGAGCACCCAGGAGUGAGGCUGUUAGGUACCUAUGUGUCACAGUUUGGGUCAAAGUUGUGUUUCUGUUUUAAUGAUUUGGAUGUGAUCCUGAUGCUUUUCCCAACAGUUCAGUAGCUGUCCUUGUAUUAUAUUAUAGUCCUCUUGCAGCACAAGGUGCUCAGUCACCAGUAUUUAUAAGAAAGUUUAACCACAGCCGUAAUUUUUCACCUAUAUCUCUAAAAUGUUUUGUUAAAUGAAGGAAAACAAGAGAGUAAUAGAUAUCAAGAGGAGUUCAUGAAAUAAAAUCUCUUAGUGAAAAAAACAAAAUAUGAUGAAAUCAUUUUAAUGUUUCAUAACUAUUUCAGAUCCAGGCAUCAGGUAGAAUGGGAACUUUGCGUUGUCUGAUUAAUGUUGCUAAACUUUCUCAGUGAGGAAAGAGCUACCAGCCAAUUGCUCUUAGUCACAGCUGUCCACUAUUUCUUUUAGUGCCACAAAUAAACAAAAAUCAAAUCAUA